CACAUCGUAUGGCGCAGCUUUUGAAGCGUGUUCAGACAGCUCAUUGUAGUCAGCAGCGCAUGGCUUGCAUUAUUCCACAUAGCUUCGCUCAAAUAUGCCCGUACUUCUCCGGGACGAUGUGGACUUUGAAAGAAUCUUCCAAAAACUCGGACAUGAACUGGAAGAAAUCAGAGUCCGAGCAUUGAAAAACAUUGUCAGUAAACUAAACUAUGGAUUGGUCUGUCUGUCAGACCUGGUUCAGGAGAAACACCUGUUUAUUCGCUUAUUGGAAUGGUUCAACUUUCCCAGUGCUCCAAUGCAGUCAGAGGUGCUUGGGUUGCUGCAUCAACUAUCAGAGCAUUCUACCGCAUGUGAGAGUCUUCGAGAAAUUGGUGCUAUAGACUUCUUAUCUCAUUUGCGAAUGGACUCUCCCACAUCACUGAAAGACAAAAUUGAUACAAUUCUUGAGAAUUUGAUGAAGAUCCCAGAUUUAGAUCUGAAAUCAAAUGGAUGCGAACACAUCCAUUAUCAACAGGCUUGCUUUGAUCCAGUUUCUAAUGCUGAUCCAUGUGAUCCACAGACAGCUGAGAAUGACAAUAUUGAAGGAGUGAUGUAUGAAGACAAUGUUGGUUCAAACCUAACAAGGGCUAAACCAGGCUCAGGGUUUACAAUGAGAACAUUUCCUUGGCUGACUUUAACUCAAACUGACCGACAUGUUUUGUCUUCUACACAUAGUUUAUUCCAGAACAAAGACCCCCAUGAACUGGCAAAUACCUGUGAAUUUCUCAGAGAUGUUGUCUUUUAUGAUUUUCCUGCUGAAAUUUUCCUUCAGAGACCACAAAUUACUCAGAGUCUUUUGGAAGUCUUGGAGCUCUCUUGCAAGCAAAUUACUCCACCUUUGGACUAUAACACCUUUUUAAACCAGCCAAAUUUACUGGUUCAAGUCAGCCGGACGUUGAGAAGUCUGACCAGUUGCUUACAUACACGAUUAAAAUACCACCAGGACCCAGCUUUUUAUACUCCCAAACCAGAUGUUUGGUCCAACAUCUCAACAUUAUCGGUGCCUUCUCCAAAUGGAUCAGCUUUCAGCCACUCCAUACAUUCCAAUGACACUCGCUUCUCUGCUCUGGGUAAAAGUGAUUCUCGUUGCACAGGCGAUGGCAGAGAUGGAGACACUUCUAUGUCUUCAGUAGAGAGGUUAUCUUCUCAAAUGAUCUUAGAUGCCUCCUUACAGGCAACAGAUGAGCUAGAAGUGGAAAAUGUACAGACAUUACAGCAGCAUCAGAUCACAUUACCAGUUUAUUGUCUUGACUUAAUCUUCACUAGCCUUAGCUUACUUAAAAAGUCUUCCCAGUUGUCGGAUGUGUCAGCUCUUGUACAGUUGCUGCCAAACACGAUGGUACUUCUCUCUGAAAGUAUUACUGUUGAGAUUUGGAGCAACCAAAGUGAAGCUGCAAGGAAAAUUGUGAAUAAACUAAAGGACUGUAUAGAGUUAAUAUGUGAACUUCUGCAGCAGCAUCACCAUAGAAACCAACUCUUUGAAAAUCGUAAAACCUCGCAGGAACUCAUUGUGAAAUCCAGGCAGAUAUUUAUUGCUCUCAGCUGUUUUCUGGUUUCUUUCCUGGAGCAGUUAGUUACCAUAGAGAAGAUCCAGUCUUCAAUGCCAGAAAUAUUGCCCACUGCCAUAGAACUUGUAGCCUUUGAUGAGUGUGUGUCACAGAUGUGGCCUGAUCUGCAUGCUGCUAUUUUGGGUUACUUAUAUCAAUUAGCCAACGAAAAAUACUGUCUUUACACACACACAGCAAGAGUUUGCACUUCUUUACAACGUACUUGCUGUUUUCUUGCAAAAGUUAGCCAAGUGGAUGAUGAUUCUACAGAAUUACUUGACCUAGCUAGCAGCUGUUUACUUGGAAUCCCUUACCAUAUACAUGUGCCAUUUAUUCACAGACUCAUUGACUUUUGUUCGCAAUAUUGCCGAACUUUGGAUGUUUGUCGCUUGAAAGAGGAAACACAAGUUUCUGAGAUUUUUGUGAAAUUACUGGCUCAUUCCAAAACACGAGUGAAAGAAAGAUCAUAUGAAUAUACUCUGAAGCUUGUGAAAGAAUAUUUAAAUAUUAAUGAAAUUGCAGCUCACUCAUCAUCAUCAUUACAGUUGGGAAUUAAGUUUUUAAUUAAUCCAAUAGUUCUGCAUGAAAUUAUUUACUUUGGAAUGGCAGACCCUGAUAAAAAGAUCUCUCAACUAGCUGCUGAUAUCCUCUUGUAUUUGCUACAAGCUCAGCUUCUUUUAGAUGGUGAUAUUUGGCAAGAAUUCAUCGCUACUUUGGCCAAAUCUUUGCCUUUGUUACAGUCAUAUGCUGAGACUGAAACCCCUCUUGGAUAUUGCAUUCUUGGAAUGGUGGAGCCUAAUAAAGAAAGUGGACCGACACCCUUACCUCGCUGUGAGAAGUUCCGAGGGGUUUUAAGACUUAUGUUCUCACCUAACAGCAAAGUUCGUUGUGAGGCUGUGACACACCUGCUGUGGUUCAUCUGUCAUGAGAAGGAGCAGGAGUUGAAGCUACCCCAGGUGAAUGACCUCAAGAUACCCGACUUACCAAACUUCUUCUCCAUGCCAUGUUUACAGCUCUUGGAGUUGGAGUUGGAACAAAAGACCUCAGUCUUUAAUGCUGAUGAUGUAACCAAAGUGUAUAACAUAUUCUGUUCCAAGACACUUGAUGAAGAAAUGAAGAAGUCAGCUCUUGAACAGCUUGCUAUUAUGUUACUUGAUCACAAUCUUCAUAACAUCUUCAAAGAACUUGGUGGCAUUGAAGAAAUUUUGUUCUAUAUCCAUAAAAGUGUUUUAAAAGAACAAGCUUCAUCUGAGCAGAGACUCAUUAACUACAACAUCUUUCUUCCUUGUUGUGUGAAUAUUCUGUCUGUGAUUUUACAAUACAACAGUACUGAAAGACAUCGACUGAAGGACAAAGAAGAAUUAUACUACAGCUUGCUACGAGUUGCUUUGCUACAUGACCAAGAGGAAUCCUUAAAAUAUGAGGUCACCAAAAUCUUGACCUUUCUCUUGUUUGACGAAGUGAUUCUCUCAGAUGCAGCUUGUAAAUCGCCAGAUGAAAAAACAAAGUUCAUCAAGUUUUCGAUGCCUUAUUUUGUGUGUAAGAGAUACAACUUCCCAUACAAACCUCCUGUACAUCCCCAGAGUACCUCUAUUUAUUCUUCGGAAUAUUCCACUUUAGAUCCACUCACGCCAUCUCUCAAAGAAAUGAUUCGAUUUGCUUGGAACUUUGCCUGGCAUCAUGGUAUCAAUGGCCUUGUACAAUUUGGACAAACUUCAUCCACAUCAUCAGAAACAGUUGUUGAAUAUCCUAAACAUUUGGAAUUAAGUUCUACAGACUUUCUAAUUAUCAAAACCAGUCAUUUACCCACUGGCCUUCAAGAGGCUGUCCAAGCUAUUUCCACUGCCACGAACCAUUUUGCUGUCAAUUCAGCUUUAAAUGUGCUCCAUCUUUACAUGGUAAUGCCAGGAAACUGCCAAAAUAUCUCCUGCAAGACUUUACACCAACUCAAGUGGAACGAAGCAUUAUCUCGAUUUCUACAAGUUGUGCCAUCUAGUCCUCCUGACCAAUGGUUGUUGUGUGAAGUAUUGUAUUUCAUUGGUUCUGUCUUCAAGCUCAGUGGCACUGUUCCUUUACACAUCCUACAGUGGUUGGCAAAUAUUGUAUAUAAUCCUAAGGCAGCACUGUAUAACCUCCUCCACAGAACUGAGGGAAUCCAUGAUGUCACAGAGAGCAUGGCUGCCUUGAAAAAAUCGUUGGAAAAGGAAGUUAUCAAUGUUAUUACCUGCUUUCUCUCUCAUCAGCCCUAUAUUUUACAUAGCAAGUUAAAGAUGGAACAGUUAAGAGGAGAUUUGACUGAAAUGCUACUCAUUCACCUCAACGUUGCUGAAGCUCCACAUUUUUAUAAUUUAGCACCACUGCAAGCAUCAUUACAGUGUCUGAUGCAUGUCACUGCAAGGCUUGGCUGGAGUGGAGAAAUUAGUGAAACCGAUGGAUUCAGUCUGACUUUGAAACUUCUUGGUUGUUUGUUGGAGAUUAUAUCAGCUUUCCACAUUGGUCGUGGUGGCACUGUGAUGUCAUACAUGGGAAAAGGAGUGACGAAAUCAGCCACCAUGUGUCUCCAGCACCUUGCUUUAGAGAUGGAAAUAUAUUCAGAGAAUGAGAAAUGGCCAGAGCAUUGGUUGUACAUGAAGGAGCAGAAUCGGCUUUUGAUGGAAACCGGUUUAAAUUGGUUGUUAACCCUGUGGGCCUACCGAGAUCCUGAGGUAAGAUGUGCUGGUCUUGGUAUUGCGGUCACUCUGUCCUGUAGCAGUGUUGGUCGUUCCCUUGUCACAGCCAACUGUCGACAUAUUCCAGGUGGUAUUUGGGGAGUAGUCUUCACUAUUUUGCUGGACUCCUCUGAAAGUAGCCUGGUUAGACAACAGGCUGCCUAUUUGUUGGUCAACCUGAUAUCCAAGCCAUUACCAAGCAGUAGCAAUGGCAACAACGGAACCUCUGAAGGACCAGUAAUCAAUGAUUCUUACUAUCAGGAACCUUUAGUUGGUCUGACAGCCUUGAUGGUUUUACUACAACACUGCCAGUUCUACCAAACUGUCAGCCAACUCUUGGCUAUGUAUUACCCACAACCUACAAUAAAUCCUCUCACCUUCAUGGAGACUAAUUACUCUCUGUUACCUGGACCUUUACUGGAUGUACCUGUUACAGGAGCUCAGAAUAAACUGAAGAUGAUGCAGAUACAGCAGUUAAACUCAGAACACAGUUCUGUAAUUCCCAACGAUGUUACUUCUGAGACCAUUCCUUCAUGUGGAGAGAGUAAAGUUGACCAAACUGGAUACUACCAACAAACUCCAUUGUCCAUUAGUAACCAAUCUUCUGUGACAAACUCAAAAGAAAACACUCCCAGAAGUCCACGUGUUGUAGACAAGUUCCCAGCAUUCCCUGCAAAGACUAAUGUGAAUACGGCCACCACACCAGCUCUAGUUACUGCUGUGUGCCAUCUCCUCCAUAACUUGGUUAUUUUAUCACCCGAAGACACAGUCAGUUCUUUAACCAACCAUUUGAUACUGGCAUCUCUUAUGGCUCUGUUGGACAGUGAACUACUAGAAGAGAAUGUCUGUUGUGAGUCCAGCAGUGAUGUUAGUUCCGGUGCAGUUGAAUUACUUAGCCAGCAGCUCCUAGAGAUGCAUUGCGGCAUCAUCAAGUUGAUGGAGACCUGUUCCAUCCAGAAUGCAACAUUUCGGAAGAACAUCCUCCACAAUACAUCAUUCCUCUCAGAACUUGUUCAUCUGCUUGGUGUUUCUCCACAACAAGAAUCUCAACCUAUACAUGUGAUUUGUGAAACGAUGUACCAGAAAACUUUCUCCAUGCUCUCAACAUUUUUACAACUAGAAGGUUCUUUGGCACUUGAUGCAUCUGCUGUGAUUUUUGAAGAGAACUGGAGCAUCCUCUUUGGUUGUAUUGAAUACACCCUGUUAAAGAAACAGAACCAAAGUUUGCAGGAAAGUUGCUUAAUGUUUUUGGCUCACCUGUUUGCUGAGGAAGGGAAAAUGCAGAGUAAAACCCUGAAGAAAGAAGCUAUAGACAACAGAAUUAUUAAAAGACUUCUUGAUGAUAUAGUUCCACCUUCUUCCAAACGAUAUGAUGCUAAUCAAAAUACCACUUCAGGUUCUAUACUGUGUGAUCUUCUUAUGAAAAUGCACGAGAUGGUGAUUUCGAAACCAGGUGAUGACUUAGUACAUCUUUCAGGCAAUGCUUUGAAAUGCUUGCUUGCCAUAAGCUUCUCUGCCAAGGACACUGCUCUGAAAGGUGGCUUAGUAGAAAGUGUGAUGCAGCAUUUGAAAGAUUGGCAUGCCAAGCUGAAUCUGGCGUUUCUUCAGUCAAAGAAAAACUCUUCUUCAAGAAAGAAACAGACAGAAUCAUUAUUACAAGAUGUCCUGAUGGCCUUCCAAAUAUUGACCAACUUGGCUACACACCACCAAGAGGUUAAGUUGGUGUGUCAGAGGAGUUACCUACCUCAGCUUGUCCACUCCAUGUGGUGUUGGUGUCUUGAAGAUAAACCACUCAUGUGUUCUGCUGUCAACCUACUCAUCUCCUAUACAGCCAAUUGUCCAAAAGCUUGUAGUUCGCUGGCAUACACCCAUCCCGUCACACAGGGCAGCAGUAGCAGCAUCAUACCGAACCGUAACCAGUUAAGUAACAACUCAUUGGUCCACUGUUUGGUACACCUUUUGGCAUCAGAACCAACUAAGGAUAAUGGCUCUUUGAUAACGUCAGUGUUCCAUUUGUUGUCAAUAUUAAUGGUUUCAGGUGAAUGUCGCAACAUCCUUCUCAAGGUGAACUUCUUGAAUGAAUUCCCCAACAUCACAGUUAAAAGGACAAAGAGAAAGACAGAUUUGCGGAACAGUUAUGAUGCGGAACUUUGCUGGCUGGAGUUGUUCCGAUCCGUGUCCUUCUCCGAUGAGGGUCAACUCAUGAUAUUUAAGAUCAAAGAUUCCAUCGAGAGGUUACUGGACUUGUGUGAGAAUGGUAUGACUGUCAGCCACCAAGAGAAAGCAUUGUUGGUGAUCAGAAACAUCAGUUGCCACUGUUCAAACAAAAAUAAACUUUUGGCCUAUAGUAAGUUUGUCAUUUGGAAGUUUUGGUUAAGAAAAUCUCUGUAGAUCAGGCAAUAACCUUGGGGUUAAGGUUUGCUCUGCAAUCACAUGGUCCAAGAGUCAACUCCACUGCAUGGUACCUUAGAUAAGUCUUCUACUACUGCUUGGAGUGAAAUUAGUGGGGCACAAAAAAGAAAAAUCGAAGUCUGCAUCUGUUGUUUUAAGAGGUAGAAUUAAUUUAGUCCGACUGUCUGGGCUCCAGGUACCUUUAGCAGAGUUCACUCUCUAGCAAACAUUGACAUGGAUCUCCUCUGGUUGUCUGUUGAAUAACUCCAUAUCUUGAAGUGCUGCUUUCUCCUGCAGGAACCUAUAGGUUUUCUUUUACACUUUCUUGAUCAAAUAAUCAAGUCCUG